GCGCCACUUCCGCCAGCGGCACCUUGUCUCGCUUCAAGCUCGAGCUGCCCCGGGCCCAUUCCUGAGCCCCUGACGUUCCCCUCUGGCGCGCUAGCGAGACCUCUUUCCGGGUCCGGGAGCCGAACCGAGGCCGGGAAGGGCGGGCCCGUGCCGUUGGGCGCGGGGCUUCCUGCUCCGAGGUGGGAAGAUGUGCUGCGAGAAAUGGAGCCGCGUGGCCGAAAUGUUUCUCUUCAUUGAAGACCUGGAGGAGGAUUCUAAGAUCCUGUGCCUGUGCUCCAGGGCCUUUGUGGAAGACCGAAAAUUGUGCAAUUUGGGAUUAAAAGGCUACUAUAUCAAAGGCAAUGGUGACAAUGCAGGAGACCAAGCGACAGAAGAGGAGGAAGGUGGCACUGCAGAGUCACAUGACAGCAAAGGUGUAGGCCUGGAUGAAGGUGAACUUGAUUCUGAGGCUGAGCUCAUGAGAAGUAUGGGACUGCCACUUCAAUUUGGUGGCAUGUCUGCGCAUAAGAAUUUUGAGGUGUCUAUGAAUACGAGAAAUAAAGUUAAAAUCAAAAAGAAAAAGAAAAAACACCAGAAGAGGUACUUAGAUGAAAUUAUGAGAGAAUCUUGGAGAGAAGAAUAUGAAGAAGAUGACAUUUUGGCCUCAGAUGAUCUGUGUUCAGUUGAACAGUAUGAGAAUACCAAAACAUGUAAACUUCAAACCAAAAAAGGCAUUGAAACUGAAAAUCUUUCUGUUGAAAAUACAUUAUGUCCAAAGCUAGAAAUUACAGAGAACUGGGAAAAGUAUUGGAAUGAAUAUGGCAGAGACUUAUUAUGGCAAAGCUGGCAAGAAAAACAUUCAGGUCAGACACUGUGCUCUGAACCUUGGAACAUUCCUGAUACAAAAGAGGAAUGGGAACAACAUUAUAGUCAACUUUAUUGGUAUUAUUUGGAACAGUUUCAGUAUUGGGAAGCUCAGGGUUGGACUUGUGAGGCCUCACAAACCUGUGAUACAGAGAGUGAUGGGCCUAAAAUAGAAGUUGACAACAAGAAAGAUGAAAAUUGCAUAAAAGCAGACUUGGCGUCUUUUCCAUCUUCAUCUAUUAUAAUUGAUGGUGAAAGCUCUAGUUCAAGUGAUAAAGAGCAUAAUGAAAUACUUGAUGGAAUUAGUAAUAUAAGUCUGAACUCGGAGGAGGUGGAACAGAGCCCGUUCGAGUCUUCAGUAGGUUGCGAUGGAUGUCAGUUGCCAAGUGAAGUUGGCAGCAGUAGAGAAUGCCCCGCUUCUGGCCAGAGUGAACCGUGUCGUGGAGGAACUGAGGACAACAGUGGGUCUGGGAACAGAGGCACAAACCGACCAGCUCAGGAUGCACAGGACUCUUCGGAAGCAAGCACAAUCAAAGAAAGACCACGCCCCAGCAGUGUUGAUGGAGAUGAGAGUGAGGAAGAGCCACCUGAACAGAAGCCAAGCAAACUCAAGAGGAGCCACGAGCUGGACAUCGAUGAAAACCCAGACUCAGACUGUGAUGACAGUGGUUCCCUUCUGGGAUUCAAGCAUGGCUCAGGACAAAAAUACGGUGGAAUCUCAAAUUUUAGUCGACGGCGGGUCAGAUACCUGCAGAAGAAUGUGAAGUAUAAGUCAAAGUUCCUGGACAUGAGAAGACAAAUAAAUAUGAAAAACAAACACAUCUUCUUUACUGAAGAGUCAGAAAAGCCAGUUUUCAAGAAAAGCAAAGCAUUGACUAAGGUAGAAAAGUUCCUAAGAUGGGUCAGUGACCCGGUGGAAGAGGCAGUGUCACCGGACAACUUACAGGACUCGUGCACAAGCAGUGAUUCAGAGGAGCAAGACACGUCUGUGAGAACGGGCGAUGACCCGCUGGAGGCGAGCCAGCGAGGACCUGGACCGUGUCGGGCCGUAUCCGCGGCCGGGGAACUUGAAGCAGGAGACAGUGAAGGAGACGGCCCAGGGACGGCUCGUGCUGAUAAGGGAGACUGCGCUGCUCAGGUCGCCCCAGACUCUCCUCAGGCAGACGCUGCGGCUGAAAGUAAGAAGAAGAAGAAGAAGAAGAAGAAGAGCAGGAACAGAAGGGUGACUGGCCUGCCUCCCGAGAUAGCCGCGGUGCCCGAGCUGGCCAAGUACUGGGCCCAGCGCUACAGGCUCUUCUCCCGCUUUGACGAUGGGAUCAAGCUGGACAGAGAGGGCUGGUUUUCGGUGACUCCCGAGAAGAUCGCGGAGCACAUUGCUGGCCGCGUCAGCCAGUCCUUCACGCGUGGCGUCGUGGUGGAUGCGUUUUGUGGAGUCGGAGGAAAUACCAUCCAGUUUGCCUUAACAGGAAAGAGAGUGAUUGCCAUUGAUAUUGAUCCUGUUAAGAUUGAUCUUGCUCGCAAUAAUGCCGAAGUUUAUGGAAUAGCAGACAAGAUAGAGUUCAUCUGUGGAGAUUUCCUUCUGCUGGCUUCUCAUCUAAAGGCUGAUGUUGUAUUUCUUAGCCCCCCUUGGGGAGGACCAGACUACGCUACUGCAGAGACCUUUGACAUUAGGACCAUGAUGUCUCCUGAUGGCUUUGAAAUCUUCAAGCUUUCCCAGAAGAUCACUAAUAAUAUUGUGUAUUUUCUCCCAAGAAACGCUGAUGUUGACCAGGUGGCCUCCUUAGCCGGGCCUGGAGGGCAAGUGGAAAUAGAACAAAACUUUCUUAAUAAUAAACUGAAGACAAUCACUGCUUAUUUUGGAGACCUGAUUCGAAGAUCAGCCUCUGAAUCCUAGUCGUGAGGUGGCAUAAGGACAGACGGAUCACACGUGGUCAGGACAUUGCUCAGAUGAGCCUCUCGGAUUUCCUUCUGUAGUCACUGAUAGUUCGUGCCCCUGGCCUUACAUCACCAGGUGACAUGGAGACUCACAGCAGAUUCAUGGAUAUUGACGAGGUACUGGACAUCUUUGGGUAAUGUUAACCGUGUGCGUGAUACAUUUGGAUAGUCAGUAUCUGAAAUGGAACGGCAGGCCUUCCCCUGUGCUUAAUGUCCAACGAUGUGUAUAUAUGUUUGUAUGUGUAUAUAUAUUUUGUAAUUGUGUAUGUUUUGGUUUAACAUCUUUGUAAAAAACAAUUACUGUUUUUUCUAAUAUAAAAAUAUAAGAAAGCAAUGAAUGAACUGUAGUCUGUCUGCCCAUUAGACCCCUGCUGAGAUAAAUCAUGGUAAACCUUUAAGGGUGGAAACAAACAGGACAGACGGGCACACAGUGAGCAGUACAGCUCUCCUGCCCCUUCCCCUGCCCACUGGUCAUUUGUCUCAACGGAACUCCAGCUAACAGUACUUAUCGCUCCUUUGGCAGACGGAAGAGGAAUUGCAGUGUGCUUUAUACACUUUUCCCCUCUCCUUUAUGCACUGCUCAAUAUUCCCCCUCCCUCCCAUCUUUUACUUAACGUAUCUUUUUUAAAACUAUGUACUAUUGUAUCUUGAAGACUUCCCCAGGACACACAUGGAGCCCUACCUCAUUCUGUUCCAUGGCUAUCUUCUGUUCCAUCACGUUGUAUUGAUGUAGAUGGUCCCGGUCGAUGGAUAUUCGGGCUGUUUUCAGGUUUUUGCAACUGUGAACUAUUGUGGGCAUGAUCAAGCGUGUCAAUUUUGUUGUCUUAGUGCGUCAGAGAAAUGGUGUCUUAUUGUUUAUAUGUAUCCCUUAAUCAUGAAUGAGAUUUGAGCACAUUUUCAUUUGUUUUGGUCUUAGUUUUCCCGUUUUAAACUUACUAUUUCUAUCUUUUAUCAA